AUGAUGAGACUGCUAUACAAUUCAAUCCUGGCCGUACUUGGCUUCGGGUUCACAGCUCACGCCUAUGACAAUCCUCUAGUCUCCCUCGACUAUGGAUCCUUCCAAGGCCAGUAUGACAGUUCACUUAAUCUUUCGUAUUUCCGCAAGAUUCCAUUUGCUGCACCACCGACAGGCGAGAACCGCUUCCGCGCACCUCAACCACCACUAAAGAUCACCGACAUAUAUGAUACAGACCAAGACUUCGACAUGUGUCCCCAACGCACUGUCAAUGGGACCGAAGAUUGUCUUUAUCUAGGUCUCUUUUCACGGCCAUGGGAUGUGUCCAAGAGCACCAAACGGCCUGUACUAGUCGUCUUCUACGGGGGUGCAUUCAUCCAAGGCAGCGCGGCAUUCACAAUGCCACCAUCUUCAUUCCCUAUCCUAAAUGUGACAGAUACAAAUGAUUAUAUCGUCAUUUACCCAAACUACCGCGUCAAUGCCUUUGGUUUUCUACCUGGAAAAGCAAUCAAAGACUCCCCUACCUCCGAUCUGAACCCCGGACUACUGGACCAACAAUACGUUUUGAAAUGGGUCCAAAGCCACAUUCACCACUUCGGCGGUGAUCCUCACAACGUAACAAUAUGGGGCCAGUCAGCCGGCGCAGGCUCAGUCGUCGCACAAGUCCUCGCAAAUGGCCGAAACGGCCAGCCUAAACUCUUCUCCAAAGCGCUCGCCAGUUCGCCCUUUUGGCCAAAGACAUACGACUACAAUUCUCCACAGGCAGAAGAGAUCUAUACCCAGCUUGCCAAUCUGACUGGUUGCACGAGUGCGCAUGCUAGCGAGACACUCGCUUGUCUCAAAUCUGUAGAUGUGCAGAAAAUUCGUGAUGCGAACCUCGUUAUAUCAGCGAGUAACACUUGGACGACGAGCUCUUAUACCUGGGCUCCUGUCAUUGACGGGAGCUUUCUUGUCGAGACGCUGACAAAGACUGUCAACCGUGACGCGCUGAAUACACAAUUCGUUUGGGGCAUGUAUAACAGCCACGAGGGAGAGAACUUUAUCCCCUCGGGAUUGAAGAGUGCGGUUGAUGUGAAUGGAUUCAACUCCUCGGUUGGGAGUUUCCAUCACUGGUUGACUGGAUUUGUGCCGGAAUUAUCAGCCAAGCAAAUUGGUCAAGUUGAGUCAAUCUAUUAUCCAGCCGAGGGCGAUACAGAGACCAUAGUGAAUUAUACAACCUCUUAUGUGCGGGCUGGCUUGGUUUAUCGUGAUCUUGUUCUAGCCUGUCCGGCUUACUGGAUUGCUUCUACUGCUACGGUGAAAGGGUAUCUUGGGGAGUAUACGAUUUCGCCAGCCACACACGGUAGUGAUACUAUUUAUUGGAACCGUAUCAAUGCAGUCCAACAAACGAACCCUGUCGUCUAUGAAGGCUACGCGGGUGCUUUUGCGAGUUUCUUUCAAACGGGUGACCCGAAUGCGCAUAAAGUGACUAAUUCCUCAGAGCCAGGUGUGCCAGAGCUUAGGCAAACGGGCGAGGAAUUUGUCGUGGUGGAUGAUGGGUUUCAGAAUGUGAAGCUGGUUGAUUUGAAGGAUCGGUGUAACUUUUGGCGCAAGUUGGCUGAGGAGAUACCCAUCUAG